AAACUGCACAAAUUUUCCUACAUAUUUUCUCAAGUUUUCCCCUUUCUUUCACUCCAUUUUCAAGACUAUGAAGAAGACAGGUUGUGCAGUACUGUACUUGGUGGCGGUGGUGCUACUGCUUGGCGAACUGCAUGUGAAUGAAGCAGUAACUUGCAAUGCGUCGGAGCUAAAUCCUUGUGCGACGGCAAUCGCGUCGGGGCUGCCACCGUCCGCCGCCUGUUGCAGUAAACUCUGGGAGCAGCAGCCUUGCCUUUGUGGUUAUCUCAAAGAUCCAGCUCUCAAGCAGUAUGUGAAUUCCCCUAAUGCCCGAAAGGUUGUCAGCAGCUGCGGUGUGCCCACUCCAAGUUGCUGAUAUGAAAUAAUUUCAAGAUUUCGACAGUUAUGUAAAAUAAGACAUGUUUUGUAUUUGUAGGCAAAACUAAUGUAAUAAAAUAAUUAAGAGUUUAUAAAAAUAAGGAAGAAUAAAUUUUUUGUGGUUUA